AUGGCGGCAGAGAUGGACCAGGAGAGUAUUGUCCGGCGUGAGCUCACGUCGCGAUGUAUCGCCAUCAUGAACCGAGCGGACCCUACCCUGCUCGAGUACAUGAAGUACACUAUCGACAAUGUCGACCCGUCCAAAGGCCCUACCUACGAGAAGGCCAAGAAGUUCGGGCAGAUCCUGAUUGACAACUGUCAAGAAGUUGUCGACAAGCCUCCAAUCUACCGAGAUGUCGCCCUUCCCACCGCACCCCACACCGAAAUCUCGGCCAAGGGAGAUAUCAUCUACACUGAGAUCAUCAGGCACAAUGUGCGCAAGCUGGAGAACUACGUCAAGGAGAUGGCGUCGGGCGGAGAGGUCGAGCCGGUUGUCAACUUGGACAAGGUCACCUCGGACAUUGAAAAGCUUUGGGAGCUUGUCAACUCGCAGCCAUCCAUCACCCCCGCUCAGAAGGCCGCCAUUAAGAGCAUGUACGCCGAGGUCGUCAAGCACCUCGGACACGAGCCGAACGACCCUCCACCAGAGAACCCCGCUUUGCUCCGGGCCAAGGGGCCAAACAGGCAGCGGAGGAGCUCGUCCCAAUUCUUGCGGCCAAAUGUGGAGGACAGGACCGAGGUGGAUGAGGAGCACUUGCCAUUCUUGCACUUGAAGCGGAAGACUGGGACGUCUUGGGCGUACAGUCAGAAGUUGACCAAUAUUUAUCUCGACGUCUUAACCGAGAUUGCCACCUCCGGUGUCAGCUUCGCCAAGAAGGCCGCUCUUCUCACUGGUGUCGGCAAGGGAUCCAUCGGUGUCGAGAUCCUCAAGGGGCUGCUGUCCGGCGGUGCUACCUGUGUCGUUACCACCUCGCGGUACUCGCGCGCGACCGUCGACUACUACAAGGGCAUCUUCCACGAGCUCGGUUCCAAAGGGUCCAAGCUUGUCGUCGUUCCGUUCAAUGGAGCUUCUCGCCAAGAUACCGAAGCUUUGGUCGACUACAUCUACACCACCCUCAACAUUGAUCUUGACUACAUCAUCCCCUUCGCUGCCCUUCCCGAGAACGGUCGCGAGAUUGACGGUAUCGACGACAAGUCUGAGCUCGCUCACAGGCUCAUGAUGACCAACCUCCUCCGUCUUCUCGGCGCGGUCAAGGUCAAGAAGGCCGCCAGGCACUUUGUCACUCGUCCCACCCAAGUCGUCCUUCCCCUUUCCCCCAACCACGGUCUCUUCGGAAACGACGGUCUCUACUCUGAGUCCAAGAUCUCGCUCGAGACACUCUUCAACCGGUGGUCGGCGGAAUCUUGGGGCGAGUACCUUUGUAUCGCCGGUGCGGUCAUCGGCUGGACCCGCGGGACGGGUCUUAUGUCCGCCACCAACACCGUAGCCGAGGGACUCGAGAAGCUCGGUGUUAGAACCUUCUCUGCCAAAGAGAUGGCCUUCAACAUCCUCGGUCUCAUGCACCCCCUCCUCUUCGACAUUACCCAAAUCGAGCCCAUCUGGGCGGACCUCAACGGAGGGAUGGACCGGGUCGCCGGUCUCGCCGAGGUUACCGGCAACAUCCGCGCCGACAUCCAGCGCGUCGCCGAGCUCCGCAAAGCUAUUGCCAUCGACAAUGCGGCGGACUUCAAGAUUGCCAACGGUGAUCAGGCGGAACGGGUGCACCAAAAGGUGUCUAUCGCGCCGAGGGCCAACUUCUCGUACGAGUUCCCCACUAUCGAGGGGGACGACGUGCUCAAGGAGCUUUCGCACCUUCAGGGUCUUAUCGACCUAGACAAGGUUAUUGUCUGCACCGGUUUCGCCGAGGUCGGACCAUGGGGUAGCGCCCGGACGCGAUGGGAGAUGGAGGCGAGGGGAGACUUCACGAUCGAGGGAUGUAUCGAGAUGGCGUGGAUGAUGAGCCUGAUCAAACAUUUUGACGGCAAAUUGAAGGAUGGCAAGGCGUACGUCGGAUGGGUGGAUGCCAAGUCGGGCGAGCCGGUCGAUGACAAGGACAUGAAGGCCAAGUAUGACAAGGACAUCAUUGCCCAUGCUGGUAUCCGAUUGAUUGAACCCGACCUCUUCUACGGCUACAACCCCGAGAAGAAGGCAUUCCACCAGGAGAUCGAGCUCAACCACGACCUCGAGCCGCUCGAGAUCUCCGCCGAGGAUGCGUCCAGGUUCAAGCGGGAGCAGGGGGACAAGGUGGACGUCUGGGCGCUGGAGUCUGGGGAGUGGUGUGUCAAGUUCAAGAAGGGCGCGAGGGUGUUCAUCCCCAAGUCUGUCAAGUUCGACCGCGUCGUUGCUGGACAGAUCCCGACCGGAUGGGACGCCAAGAAGUACGGUAUCCCCGAGGAUAUCAUUGCGCAGGUCGACAGAACCGCGCUUUGGGCUUUGGUCUGCACGAUGGAGGCGCUCAUCAUGUCCGGUGUCACCGACCCGUACGAGCUGUACAAGUACAUCCACCCCUCUGAGGUCGGAACAUGUCUUGGUUCGGGUAUGGGCGGUAUGCGCUCGCUCUCGGCCAUGUUCAAGGACAGGCGGGAGGAGAAGGACGUGCAGAAGGAUAUUCUGCAGGAAACUUUCAUCAACACCGUUGCUGGCUGGGUCAACCUGCUCCUUCUUUCGUCAUCCGGACCGGUCAAGAUCCCCGUCGGUGCAUGCGCUACCGCCCUCCAGUCCGUCGAGAUUGCGUGCGACUCGAUCCUCACUGGCAAGGCCAAGGUCAUGAUUGCCGGUGGUUUCGACGACUUCUCCGAGGAAGGCUCGUUCGAAUUCGCCAACAUGAAGGCUACGUCCAACGCCGAGACGGAGUUCGCCAUGGGUCGCGAGGCCAACGAGUUCUCUCGACCCAUGACCAGCACCCGCGCUGGAUUCAUGGAGUCGCAGGGAUGCGGUGUGCAGGUCAUCAUGUCUGCCCGCACUGCCUUGGAGCUCGGCGCUAGCAUUCAGGGUAUCGUCGCAUACACGUCCACCCACACCGACAAGGCCGGCCGGUCCGUCCCUGCUCCGGGUCAGGGUAUCCUCUCUGCCGCCCGCGAGAUCAACUCGCCCGACGCCCUCCACAUCCUCGACGUCAAGUACCGGGCUCGCCAGCUCGCUUUCCGCCGUCGUCAGAUCUCGCAGUGGCUGGAGAACGAGCACGAGCUGCUCCGCGCCGAGCUCGGCUCCAAGCAGAGCGACGCGUGGUUCCAGUCACGCGUCGGGUUCAUUGACGACGAGGCGAAGCGUCAGGAGCGGGAUGCGCUGGCGACAUUCGGUAUGCUGGAGGGAUCCCACCCAAACAUUGCCCCUCUGCGCCGGGCAUUGGCGGUGUGGGGUCUCGAUGCAGACUCGGUCGGCGUCAUCUCUUGCCACGGUACCUCUACCAAGGCCAACGACAAGAACGAGUCGUCGGUCUACAACCAGCAAUUCACCCAGCUCGGCCGGACACCUGGAAACGCCGUCCCCGUCAUUGCGCAAAAGUCUCUCACGGGUCACCCCAAGGGAGGCGCCGCCGCGUGGAUGUUCAACGGUAUGAUCCAAUCCCUCAACUCGGCUCUCGUACCCGGAAACCACAAUGCAGACAACAUUGCCGAGGAGCUCCGCGCUUUCCCUUACCUCUUCUACCCCUCCAAACCCAUCCAGCACGUCCGGCUGGAAUGCGGUCUCCUCACUUCCUUCGGUUUCGGUCAGGUCGGUGGUCAAGCCGCCAUCGUCCACCCGCGAUACCUCUACGCGUCCCUCCCAGCGCACCAGCUCGAGGCGUACAAGGAGCGCCGGCGGAAGCGGGAGCUCAACUCGUACUCGCGCAUGUCGGCGUCCAUGAUCCAGAACAACCUCGUUCAGAUCAAAGACGCGCCACCUUACACGUCCGAGCUCGAGAGCAAGGUCUACCUCAACCCCCUCGCUCGGGCUGGACCCAGCAAAAACUCCUUUGCCUUCCAAGGCAAACUCCCCUCUACCGUUCCCCUCCAAUCCGCCAACGCCUCCACUCUCAAAGCUCUCUUUGCGCAAGCAGGAGACAUCGCCGGCGUCGGAGUCGACACCGAGCUCAUCACCAGCGUCCCUACCUCGGAGACUUUCCGCUCGCGGAACUUUACCGACGCCGAGGUUCAGUACUGCAAUGCGGCGCCCGACCCGGUUGCGUCGUACGCGGGCAGAUGGGCCGCCAAGGAGGCCGUGUUCAAGGCGCUGUCUGUCCCGUCCAAGGGGGCCGGAGCGGGCAUGAAGGAUAUUGAGAUCGUGGCGGGGGAGAAGGGACCGACUGUGAAGCUGCAUGGAGAUGCGCUGACGGCGGCGGGUAAGAAGGAGAUCAAGGUGUCGUUGAGUCACUCGGACACGUCGGUCGUGGCGUUUGCGGUUGCGAAUUGUCAGUUGGCACUUCAAUGUGGUGGACAUAGCUAA